CAUCAUUCAGUACUCCAAGAGUUAAGAAUACAAUUAUAUCAAAAUGUACAAGAUCUUCCUAGUUGCUGCUGUUCUCGCGGUUGCCGUAGCGCGACCUCAAGAAGGCCAUGGUCACGACCACCACCACGGCCACGCCUCCUCAUCACAGAGCAUCAAGCAGUACCACGGACAUGGCACAGAGAAACACGUCGAGUACUAUUCUCACCCUAAGUACGAGUUCGCGUACAAAGUGGUGGACCCUCACACCGGCGACAAGAAAUCUCAGCACGAGUCUCGUGACGGUCACGUCGUGAAGGGCGUGUACAGUCUGCAUCAACCCGACGGCACCGUCAGGAUCGUCGAGUACCAUGCUGACAAGAAGACUGGAUUCAACGCCAACGUUAAGAUCGAGGGUCAUGCCGUGCACAUUGUUCCUGAACACCACCACCACCACGUGCUGUGUGUCCUCACGCUUCUGGCUGUGGUGGCAAACUCGAAGACUGUCCACGAGCACGCAUUUUCAUCACAACACAUAUCCCGACACGAUGGCCCGGCCCAAAAGGUUUACAUCCAUGAGCAUAUCGAAGAGAAACAUGAGAAAAAGCACGAAGCACCAAAGCAUGAGCAUCAUAAGCAUGAACAUCAUAAGAAAGAGGAACAUCAUAAGAAAGAAGAACAUCACAAAAAGGAAGAACCUAAGAAGGAAGAGCAUAAGAAAGAGACUCAUCAUCACAAACAUGUCGACUAUUAUGCUCAUCCCAAAUACAAGUUCGAGUACAAAGUAGAGGACCACCACACUGGUGACAAGAAGUCACAUCAUGAGCAUCGUGAUGGAGACUCCGUGAAGGGCUACUAUGAGCUGCAUGAACCUGAUGGCUCUGUCAGACAUGUUGAGUACCACGCCGAUAAGCAUAGUGGUUUCCACGCAUCGGUGAAACAUAGCACCCACCACAUAGUGCCGAAGAAGCAUCAUUGAAAUGAUUGUAAAUAACUUAUUUAGUAUUAAUGUAUACUCGUUAGUUAUCCUGUGAUAAUAUAAUUGUUAUAAGUUACUUUACGAUUGUUGAAUAGUAUAAGUUACCGAAUAAAGUGUUCCUA